GUGCAGGUUGAACGGAGUCCCAGCGCAGGGCUGGGAUGAGCCUCAAAGUUCAGGGCGAUCGUGGUGGGGGAUGUAGCAGCGCCGCUACCGCCGCGCACCGGCCCGGCCCGCCCCGGCUCCCGCCUUCUUCGGCGCCUCCCCCAGCCCCCCCCAGCAGUUUUUAAACUCUGAUUCCCAACCUCCCCCCCUUCCCUUCUUCUCCACACCCCCCCUCCCCUUCUUCCCCUAAAUGCCAGCCAUGAUCGAGAAGGGCCCAGAGGUCUCGGGGAAACGGCGGGGCAGGAACCACAACGCUGCCGGCGCGAAUAAUAACAACGGUGGUAGCAAAAGUUUAUCUGCCGCCCCCAACGGCAACAGCAGCGGCAACUCCUGGGAGGAGGGUAGCUCGGGGUCCUCCAGCGAUGAGGAGCACGCUGGCGGCGGUAUGAGGGUCGGGCCGCAGUACCAGGCGGUGGUCCCUGAUUUCGACCCCGCCAAACUUGCAAGACGAAGUCAAGAGAGAGAGAAUCUUGGCAUGCUGGUCUGGUCACCUAAUCAGAAUCUGUCUGAAGCAAAAUUGGAUGAAUAUAUUGCCAUUGCUAAAGAGAAGCAUGGAUACAAUAUGGAGCAGGCCCUUGGAAUGCUGUUUUGGCACAAGCAUAACAUUGAGAAGUCUUUGGCAGAUCUGCCAAACUUUACUCCAUUCCCAGAUGAGUGGACAGUGGAAGACAAGGUCUUGUUUGAACAGGCCUUCAGUUUCCAUGGGAAAACCUUCCACAGGAUCCAGCAGAUGCUUCCUGACAAAUCAAUAGCCAGCCUGGUGAAAUUUUACUACUCCUGGAAGAAGACAAGGACUAAAACCAGCGUGAUGGACCGUCAUGCUCGUAAACAGAAAAGGGAACGUGAGGAAAGUGAGGAUGAAAUGGAGGAGGCAAAUGGAAAUAACCCUAUUGAUAUUGAAGUUGAACAAAACAAGGAGAGCAAAAAAGAGGUGCCGCCCACUGAAACCGUUCCUCAGGUGAAGAAGGAGAAGCACAAUACACAGGCCAAGAACAGAGCAAAGAGGAAACCUCCCAAAGGAAUGUUCCUUUCCCAAGAAGAUGUGGAGGCUGUUUCUGCCAAUGCGACAGCUGCUACCACUGUACUCAGACAACUGGACAUGGAAUUAGUCUCAAUCAAACGGCAGAUUCAGAAUAUCAAGCAGACAAACAGCGCACUCAAAGAAAAGCUUGAAGGUGGUAUAGAACAAUACAGACUUCCAGAGAUCGUUCAGAAAUUUAAUGCGCGUUGGACCACGGAUGAGCAGCUUCUUGCCGUGCAAGCAAUCAGGAAAUACGGCCGAGACUUCCAGGCAAUCUCCGAUGUGAUUGGAAACAAGUCUGUGGUGCAAGUGAAGAACUUUUUUGUAAAUUAUCGACGUCGUUUCAACAUAGAUGAAGUUCUACAGGAGUGGGAGGCAGAGCAUGGCAAAGAGGAGACAAAUGGAACCAAUAGCCAGAAGCCUGUAAAAUCCCCUGAUAACUCCACUAAAAUGUCUGAAGAGGAAGAUGAGGCUACUUCUGUUCUUGAUGUCAGAUAUGCAUCUGCUUCGUGAGAAGGUGCUGUAGCCUAGAACAAUUUGUGUUGACUACUGUGUUAUCCAGGAUAUCAGGUAUUAGCAAACCUCAGACAGCCAUCUGCAUCAUAUCUGUGGACAAGCAGCUAUUACCAAAAAAAGGCAAACGCUUCCAGUCCUGUGCUACAUCUGCCUUAAUCUCCCCUCAUUCCUCCAUACUGCCUCCACUUUCUUUCAAAGCACCCAGGUAGCUCAGCAUCAACGUCCUGCUUAAGCAUUGGGAUUUCUAGAACCAGUAACACCUGUCUGUAAAUUUUGACCAACCUGGAGAACGAGCUCCUUAGCAGCCCCACAGUAACUACACAUUAGGAGUUCUUACAGUACUCAGUCCGUAGGGUGUAAGUGCGUAUUGCUGCAUGGCCUCGUGGUCUCCGCUUCCUGUGUAUUCUUACAGUGACACUAUUGUUAUUGAGCUUUCUAUAAAGAAAGGGGCGGUGUGUGCACGUGCCAGUGGUGUCAGCUUUGUUCUGAAAUGACAGGGCGUGGUAACAAACAAUCUUCAAUAAUGCAAAGUGACAGAAAAUGGUAUUUCUAAGGUUUGGUCAGCCCAAGGCUGUGGAUCUAACUCAUUACACUUCUGGUUUGUGCAAUUCUUUCCACUGUAUCUGUAUGUUCUCGCUUCAUAGAGAGCUCCCUAAACGAGCAUUUUAGUCCUGUAUGUUUUAAUGGCUUUUAUUUAGUGCGAAAGGGAAUACGUAACCAUUUGAUACGCUAGUUAACCCCUGGCAUUCAGCAUUUGCAUUGUAACUUGUUAAAUGAGUGCUACACAACUUUCUUUUUCCUGAUCCUCUGUGGGAUUAAGUCAAAACAACUUUCUCUGGUGCCUCUCCUUUUGGAAUAUGUGCCUUUUACAUUUGGCUCCCAUAGAUCACUUCCUGUCCCAGUGUCUCAUUCCUCUUCAGAGCGCUGUUUGCCAAAGACAUCAAACUACUUCUCCCGCUGGAAUUCUGGUUGAGGGUUGGAGCAUAAAAUUCAGCCUUCCAGGAGUUUUUGGUCUCUUGAAAGUUUACUGGAGAAGAACUAGAUUAAUUUCAUUGGCCAUUUUAACCCUUCUGAAGCACACAUCGCUUUCAUGUUCUGAACCAAAAUAUGCAAUUUAAAAUCUAAAGAGGUGCUUUUCCAAAUACUUGGUGCAUGCAGCUUUCAAAUCCCCAGCCCUCUUAUCAGAUGACCUGUGCUGUGGCCUGUCUAGCUGGCAAGAAUUGGAGCUGUUCUUGAAAGUCCUGUAUGGGGACUUUGCACUUUGAACAAGAUAGUUGCUGACUGCCGAGCAGUGUUCAGAGAAGCCAGAAGCAGCAGUAUUACUUCUUGUCCAGUGGAAAGCUGCAAAAUAACACUAGUCACAAAGCAUUUAAAAAUGGUUGAUGAUGUUCGGAGAAACCAUCAGGUGACCUUCUUUGCCUUUCUUCCUCUACAGAGCUUUCAGGCCAAGCUGGCACACAGCAAUGUAUGGCAGCAGCGUUUUAACACAAAUGACCUAGUUCAUGUCCUGCAGCUGAGGUGCUGCAGCUCAGAAUACAGCCCUGAACUCAGUGCUGAUGUUAGAGCUGCUGCGCUGUGCCAUGUUGUGUGCUGCGUGGGCUCUGUUCUCUCUGUACCUAAAUGAGGUAGGAUUAUUCCAGCCAGGAGACAGAGCUAGCUCAGACCACACCUCCUGCAGUGUAGAAAGGAAGGCAGGAGAGGUAGCCUCAUGUACCACUGAUGUGGUCUCCUCCUUGGGCCUUGUGUGAGAAAAGCAAUUAGACAUCAGAAAUGGAGCAACAGCAUGCAGACAAAGGAGCAGAUAGGCGUUACUUAGGGCGAGCUAGUGUGUGAAGCCUAAAAAGGGCAUUUCAGCCACUUUGUAGCUGUUUGUGAGCAAUUUCAUUCUGGUAGCUCCAGAGACAUCCUUUGAGGUCAUGGGAGGAUGGAAGGGAGCUAUUUUCUAUGCUCUGUAUUGGAAACUUGGCAUCCCAAGUUUGUGGCAAUGUCUCACUGUCGAUGAGAACUGGCAGCUCUGAUGGUGGUCCUGCAGAUGUUCCUGUAGGCUUGUGCCAGUUGGAGUUGGGAGGUGGUUGUGGGAAAGGACACUAGUGGUUAGCCAGUGUGAGUUAGGAUCAAAGACCGGGCAAAUAGCACUGUGAAUUCAGCUGUCGGUUUGGGUGCAAGGCAUUAGAAAUACUCCAGUAUUAAACCUCCUGCUGGUACCAAUGCAUGGAGACAGGUCCUCACCAAUGUGAGAGGGUUGUGUGAGCUUGCAUCCCAGCUGGUGGAACUCGCUCCUCAGGAGAGGCUUCUGCUGGUGAGUUGUUACUUGUGAGGACUUCUCAUCUUUUUUUGCCCUCAAAUCUGUCCAUCUUAUGAUCAGAAAAGUUGUGUUUUGGCUUCAUCCCCAAGGGGUAGGGGGAAACGUGUAAUUUGUGAUAUUAGGAAGAAAAAAGUUGUUCAAUUACUUUUCAGUUGACUGCUAUCUUAUUGUAGUUGAUACAUACAAUAUAAUAGCACCGUACUUUAAACAUUUAGUUUUUUACAUUCUCUUUAACUAUGUUUUUAAAUGCAAUAAAAUAAUUUUAGCUUUUGAAAGUUUAAAUGGUUUGGUCUUGUUUAAGUGACGAUCCUCUCUUUCACUUUUUGAAUGGGUCAAGCAUUAGAUACAUCAACUGGUUGCAUUCUGAUUACCAAGGGUCCACAAAGAUAACUGCGUAAGAUAGCAUAUUCUCACUUAAAUUUUGUUUCUUAAACUAUCAAUGUGAAUGUCAUAAUUAUAUAUAUUUUGUGGAAAAUGAGAAAUAAUUUCUCCUAAGUUAUUGUGCAAAGUAUGGUAUCGUUAAAGAAAAUGAUAGUUUAAGCUUUAGUUUUAGAAAUCUUAAAGGUAUAAGAGUGUAUUGCAUAUACAUAAAUUCCAUUUGUUCUAUUUAAUUUGAUGUAGCUGUGUAAAGUGCUAGGUAACUUCUUUUUUUUUUUUUGCUUAUCCAUUACAACAACCUUGCUACUUGAAUAUUCGUGUUAACUGGUUGGAAACAGUGAUCAAUUUUUGUAACCUAAUCGUAUAACCAGGGGGAAAAAAAACACGUCUCAGUUGUGCUUAACGGUAUAUCAACAACGUACAAUCAGAUGCUUAAGGUCAUAGUAGCCAUAGCUGGUCGUGCAACCACAAUGGGUUGUGUCUUGAUAUAUUUAAUACCAAUGGGGAUAAUGAAUUCUUAAUAUUUAUUUUUAGAAGUUUGCAACCAGAAAGACCCCAUAAAUACCCACUAGAACACUUUUUUAAUAGUUAAUGUGAGAGUGAAACUCUUACACUCUGAAAGCGGCGUCCUGACAAGCAUUCUUCUUUCCUGUACAAACGCAUCUGAAACAUUAUGUAUUAAAAUACGCUCAUUGUCACUUUAAGUUUCAGUUUUUAUUCUCAAAAUUGCUUAAUAUGCUCUUGGUAUUCUUGCACACCAAAUAUGAGCCAAACAGUGCAUUACACUAACCUGAUCACUGAAUUUGUGAACAUGAAUCUCCAAGUCAAUGAAGCUCAAAAAUACUGUAGGAAAUUUUACUGAUAAUGCGUUCCUUUUGAAAUCUGUCAUGAAAUUACACACAGCCCAUUCAGGGAUGAGUGGUCUGAUGUUUAGCCUUUACAACAAAAGAGAAAAAGUAUUUUUUAUUAGCUCCAGCUUGUCUUCAGCAAGUCAAAAAUCUAGCAACCUUGUGCAAUGCCCCUAAAGCAAAUACUUUCUGCCACUCCCUGGAUUAAUGCAGCUUUUCCUGUCGAUAGUAAAGCACAAUUGCAGUGAAAGUUACAGUUCAGAAGAUGGAAGGUCAGUAUAGUCUAUGCAUGUUGUAUAAUAAUGAGUGUUUACAUUCAUAUUCUCUUAAAAUUAAAAUUUAUACUGGAGUGUAUAGUAUUCCAUUAUGUAGAUUUUACCAAUUUUGUUAACUGCUUAUAGAUUGCUUAAAAGAAGUUUUUUCAAGAUUUUAAAAGAUGUAUAAGGUUAAGUUUGCAAAUAUAAUGGAAAUGCUGUAUAGCUUUUGAAGUGAUAAAAUACUCAUUGGGAUUUUAAAGAAAGUAUGUUGUAAUAAUGAUGUUGUAAGUAAUAUUUUAAAUGUCUUUUUUGCCUGUUUUCUAUUAUUCAGCACACUUACUGUGAUGAAUGUUCAUAGCAUUAUGAAACUGCUUAGCCACUGAAAAGUAACACUUUGGUUUUGAAUUAUUUUACUGUAUGAGGAAUUAUAGUGGGGUAAAUUCCUUUGUGAAAUUCUGCAUAAUUCAUUUUUCUAUGAUUUCCAAUGUUUGCUGACAUCAAAUAAAUUUUUUUUUUCAAGC